GUUCAGGUUUGGGUUGGAGCUGCAUGAGGAUUUAACAGGCCCGGACAGGUAGAUCCAGCCGCUCCCAGGUGAACCUCGCUGGAUCAGUUCACCUGCUGGCACGAGCUUAAACUUAGGUAAAGUAAAGUUAGCUUCAACAUCCAACUCACCCUGGCUCAAAAAAGAGGAGGUUCGAUGUCCUGGUCCUCCUAAACCACAUGAAUAGAAAGUGCUGUUGUGGCGAUCCUUCCUCUGGGCUCAGAGAGGAAAACCAGGACCGGGAGGGAGCUGGAAAAAACCCAAAACCCUCACUCAAGUUAGCCGGCUAACGUUAGCGAGCUGUCGACGGUCCACAAGCUCGGCUAGAGGCGGUUCUGCAGGAGCCAGCAGCAGCAGCAGUUAGCGGGUCAGCGGGUCCGCAUCGGGCUGUUUACUCUCCAGCUGUCAGAGUCAGUCCGGCGGGCUGAGAAUCCCGACAAAUAACAACUUUCUGCGAUGAGUCAGCGCUUAAAACAAACUAAAGGAAGCACGAAGGGUCACUUUUGGGAGCGUCGGGCAUAUAAAGAAAACUUUACCCGCAUUCCGGACCUGCGAGCAGAGCCAUACUCCCCGCUGACACCGUUCGGUUUUAUCGGUCCCUUCUCAGAAACCCGGAAACGGGACGGGCCGACACAAAAUGGAGGCAGAUCUGCGCUGCGUUCAAGUGCUGUCGGAAAUUACAGCGUCCAGACACAAAAGUUGUAAUUGACUUACAAAUCUAAUAAAAAUACGGGAAGUAUUUACAAAAUGGCUCAAGUAGAGAUUUAUUGAAACGAUCUUAAGUCCCCCCCAAUUUUUUUUAAAAGGUCAUUAAAAAACGAGUACAUGAGAUGACUUCUUCCUUUUAUCGUUAAUCUUAUUUCGACUUACUGUCUUUUUAGCCUUUGUUUUACUUAUAUUUUCCUAUUUAACCUUUUAGACCUCUUAUUAAUUUAAUUGUUUUUUUCUGCUCAUUUCUGUUAUUCCAUUUUAUCAUUAAUAUUACAUCAUAAUUAUUUUGUUAUGAUUUUAUUAUCAUUAUUAAUAUCGUCUUCUAUCCUGUUUCCUGCUUUCUAACCCCCCACCCCUUUUUUUUAUUUCAUUUCUUUUUCUUAACUAUUUUAUGUUUUUAUUUUGGUCCUCAUGGUCUCAUUUUAUAUUGUAGGGUUCUUGUAUUGUCUGGGUUCCUUGAUGGCAAAUGAAAGUGGCCUUUAAUUCGGAGGCCUUGUUUUUAACUGAGCUUUUGUUUAUUAUUUGUUUUUAUUUCCAUGUGCUGAUGUUCUGUGCUUUACAAAUGUUUAUCAAAGCACUUUGUUAACUUCUGUUUUUAAAGUGCUAUACAAAUAAAGUUAUUAUAAGUAUUACUAUUAAAAUAAUUAAAAUUGCUAUUUUCCCUGAAUUACUGGGUCAAUUACCGUUUAUUCUAGAGAACAGGAAAAAAACACAUAUAUUACAUUUUAUUAUUCUGAGAUAAAUGUCAUUUAGGGAAUGCAGUGCGUUUCAGUGCAGGUUUAUUAUUUUCAACUCUCUGAAAAUGUAUUUGAAAGCAGCAAAGGGUCAGGUGACGAAGUCGCGCCUGCGCAUUCUACACAGUUGUACUUCCUGUCAAGAUGGCGCUGACCAGAGGAGCGGGUCUGUGGAGGACAUGCUGUAGGCUCGUACCCAGACAACCUCUCCUGUUGUCCGCUGCUGUCCGAACACAGAGCACUGUGAGCGGGGACUUGCUGCCCUGUCCAGUCCAGACCUCCCUGUCCAGUCCACCCUGGCAGGGUAAGACAGUCCUGGUCUCGGAGGAGGAGGAGCGGUCCCGACACGCCGCGGUGGUGGACACCGUGAACCAGCUGAUCCACAAGCAGGACUUCGGCCGGCUGUUCGCCGUGGUUCACUUCGCCGGACGCCAGUGGAAGGUCACAAACGAAGACCUGAUCCAGAUCGAGAACCACAUCGAUGCGGAGUGUGGGGAGCGGAUCCGGAUGGAGAAGGUGCUGCUGGUCGGCGCGGAGGAGUUCACUCUGAUCGGGAGGCCUCUGCUGGGGAAGGAUCUGGUCAGGGUCGAUGCUACUGUGAUCGAGAAGACCGAAUCUUGGCCCAAAAUCAACAUGGUGUUCUGGAAGAGACACCGGUAUCAGCGUAAGAAGAUCAUCAUCCAGCCACAGACAGUUCUGAGGAUCAACAGCAUCGAGCUGGCCCCGAGACUGACAUGAUCCGGGCUAGACUGUGACAUUGACUCACACAAACUGAAUGAUGAUGAUGAGUCUUUAGUAAGGAGAGUUUAAGACCUCCAGCCUUCUGGAGCUAAUUCAGCUGGGCCUCUGGGCUUAGUUUGUGUCUGUAAAUAAAGGUUUUUCAAAGAUUAAAUGAUUCUGUUUCAUAUCAGCAGA